AUGGAAGGACUACCGAGUACAAUCGACGUGGAGAAAUUCGCAGAAGCGCGUGCAUUCGAGAUUAAUGCCAUGCAGAAUGCUAUGGACAACGUUGCAGCAAUUGGCACUCAGCGUGUCUGGCAGACAUUGCCGCGGCACCUAAGACGUCGAGCUGCAAGCCACGAUGUUCGACGCGUCCCAGCAAGACUACGGCAGAAGGCGCGCUCAGAGAUGGAUACUCCUGCAAAGCCGGCGUCAAAGAAGAAGCUAUCAAAGCGAGGCAAAGAGAAGACUAUUACUAAAACCGAGAAAUUUCUAAAACGCCAGAAGGAUAAGACGUGGCUAGAAACGCACAUAUGGCACGCGAAACGGAUGCAUAUGGAGAAUAUGUGGGGAUACCGCCUUGCACAAACACCAACAGAGAAAUCAUUCAGGCCGUCUCAUCGUGCCUCCCUGCAUGGAUGUAUCCUGCACGAUGCAUCUUACGAGGCGAUCAUCGAAUUGAAAGGCCCUGAAGCGACUCUCAAAGAAAUACUCGCAAGUUGCUCUGACCCUCAAUCCGUUGGACCUGGCGCAAUAAGAUUCUCCAACGGCUCGCGUAUAUGCCACACGCACAUGUAUAAACCUAAGUCAUACCCAUUCGACCUCAUCGGUCCUAUCGAGGUCCUUUGGAAAGCGGACCCUAACGCUUCGUCAUCCCCUUCAACUUCUCAAUCGCAAGCAUCAGCCACACAGAAAGACAAGCAAAGACAAACAUCUUCGCAGGAAGUGCGCGUACGGACAUUAUGGAUUCGCUGCCAUCCGCUCAUCUACGACGAAGUAAUGUCAACCAUUAAGUAUUCCGUCCAGGCGCGCCUGCAAAUGGCUCAGAACUCUGGAAAUGAGGACGUGGAGAUUGAAAUGGCCGACCUGCGCGAUCAAUUUAAUAUCUUUGAACUCGUAGGUCCGAAGUCAAGCCAGGUCAUUCAUGGUGCUCUUACUCCAGUCAAAGACGAAAGCCGGGAUGAAUUCAAAAAGCUUUGGAAAGCACUUGGACAACUUCAGACAGCUGGAUCUGCACCUCGAGGAAUGGUUGUCGGCUUCAAAGUACUCGAUCCACGCCUUAAUUUUCCACCGAAAAAUACCAAGGUCGCCAUCGACGACAAAUCCAACGUACCCGUCGGAUUCUGGCCAACCGCAAAGUUAGCCGCAAGCGAUAUGUGGAACGAUGACUUCCGAGCGAAACUCAGUAAACCGCGUUUUAAGAAGAAAGAUAUUGAUGCGCGGAAGUCGAAACAUCUCAUCCCCGGAUCAAAAUUAAAUCCUCUCCGUCAAGACAACCGCAUACCCGUCCUCUUAAUCCAGCGCUCCAUCGAAUCACACGGAAUCUCAACUCCAUCAUCCUCUCUCCCUUCGUCCUCUCAAACUUCCUCUUCGUCAUCCUCCCGUCCCUUGCACGGCUGGACGCUCAUCAUCCCAAAAGGCUGGGGAAUGCCCUUCUUCUCCUCCCUCACCCACACAGGCACACGCGUGGCCGGACAACGCGAAAUCCCGACACAGCGGUUCGAAGCUGGCUGCACUGCUUUCCCAUUCGACUAUCCAUGCACUGAGGCGUAUGAUAUGAGUGUAGGGGAAAGAGCGAAGGAGGAGCGGGAGAGGUGGGAGAGGAAGCCUCCUGCGAAGAGGAUCAAUUGGGAGAAAGUCGGGACGGAGAGUCCGUGGAUACCUGAUUGGGAGGGAUUGCUUGGCCUAAGGAGGAAGACGAAAAUAAACGAGGAAGACGUGGAAGGAGACCUCGUACCAACUCAACGAGAUACUAUGGACGUUGACUUACCAGACAAAACACAAAGCCCGAAGGAAGCGAUAGAAGACGAUGGAACGAGCGAUGAUAUACACCCAUGGCUAUUCAGAGGCCCCGAAGCUCCUUCUAUCGACGACUCUCUCCUUCGUAGCGCUAUAGUAGGCAUACGACUCUCAGUUCCCCUGUCCGGAUCUCCAGAGAACAACGCGGUGAUAUAUAAGGUGGACGACGAAGAGGUGAAGAAGUGGAGGGAACUCGUCGAAGACAAAGACGGCAAAAGCGACUUUAGGGAGACUGAGUUGAGCGACCUAAAGCCUUCAAAGGACUUGAUUAUAGGCUACGUAACAAGCGGUCACUAUUCUCUAUCUAUCGGACGCGGUCAAGCCGUCGGAGCACUUUCAUUAACGAGUUAUCUCGAGAUAAAGGAACAAUUACAUCGACUCGGGAAAGUCAACUCUCUCCCACUUGUAAAGUUCCGUAACAAACACAGUGCGAUUUGCCGAGCUGCGUUCGUCGAACUCGCCAGCUAAACUAAGGUAGUCAGGUACUCUGUCGUGACGAGGAUUUAAGUAACGUACAAUUACCCUUUCGCACGUGUUUAUUCUACUUGUUUGAUGACUAACUGUACUAUAUGUAGUAGAGGCACC